CAUCUCAUCCCAAUCCCAUCCCGAUCGAGAAUUAAUUGAAUCGGUGGCGAACGCGAUCGAGAAAUUAAUAAAGUAUAUUAAUUAAUUAAUUAUUAGUGAUAGUGGUAGGGGUGGCGGAGAUGAUGGAUGCAAUUAUUCACACGUUCCUCGACUUGGUAGCUCCUCCCUUCACCUUCUUCACCCUCCUUUUUGUCCUUCCGCCCCUCCGCAUAUUCAAAUUCUUCCUCUCCAUUCUGGGCGCCCUUUUCACCGAAGAUGUCGCCGGCAAGGUUGUCCUCAUCACCGGUGCCUCCUCCGGCAUCGGCGAAAGCGUUGCGUAUGAGUAUGCCAAGAGGGGGGCGUGCCUGGUUCUAGCUGCCCGGAGAGAGAAGAGCCUGGAAGAAGUGGGCGAAAGGGCUCUCUAUCUGGGCUCGCCGGAAGUCCUCGCCGUGCGCGCCGAUGUCGCCGACCCCGACGACUGCCGGAGCCUCGUUGACCGUGCUAUCAAUGCCUUUGGAAGACUGGAUCAUCUGGUCAAUAAUGCUGGAAUCAUGUCUGUCGCUAUGCUCGACCAAGUCCAUGACGUCACUGAUUUUAGAGAGAUUAUGGAUAUCAACUUCUGGGGGUCAGUCUACAUGACCCGCUUUGCAGCUCCAUACCUGAGGGCUUCCGGAGGCCGCAUCGUCGCAGUUUCUUCAGCGGGCGCCUGGCUGCCUUCACCAAGAAUGAGUUUCUACAAUGCUAGCAAGGCGGCUCUGUUCCAAUUCUACGAGACGCUGAGAGUCGAAUUCGGCGGCGACAUAGGGAUUACCCUAGUGACCCCAGGCAUCAUCGAGUCCGAGCUCACCCAAGGCAAAUACUUCACCAGCCAAGGCAGACUCGUCGUCGACAAGCACAUCAGGGAUGUAGAAGUAAGCUUAACUCCAAUCGAGAGCGUGGAGAGGUGCGCGAAGGCGAUCGUGAAAAGCGCGGUGCGAGGAGAGGCGUACCUGACGGAGCCGGCGUGGUUCAGGACCACCUUCUUCUGGAAGGUAUUCUUCCCCGAGCUGGUCGAGUGGUUGUACAGAGUCAUGUGCGUGAGCGGCGGAGCCAUUGAUGGUAAUGAAGAUGAUGAGGUUGAGGAGCCGCUGGGGAAAAGGGUUCUGGACUAUACAGGAGCCAAAUCAGUGCUUUACCCGGACUCCCUCGACGCAACCGACCCUAAGACCGACUGACUCAUCACAAUUCAGUUCAAUCGCGAGUUGGUUUUGGUUGGUUGGUGUUUUUAUAAGUAGAGUGAUACUAGUGUCAAUAAUAAAUUAUAUAUACCAAAGGGAUGAGUUGAACUUGAACGUGUUUUUGUUUUAAGUAGGUAUAUUUUGUGAUAUCAAAUUUGUCCUCUUUUUUCUCUUGGUGGAAGACAAGAACAGCGGCCCAUGGAUCAUGUCCUAAAAACAAAUCUUAUCUUUCUAUUCCUACAUAUAUAUAUAGUGUGUAUAUAUACAUACAUUCUUAUA